CUGACGUCAGGAGUGCGUGCAAUGAUAGUUACAUCACGAACCGGCUAGUACUUCCUUCAGACAGUACGUGCGAUCUGUGGCUCCAAGACUCCUAUAAACUCUCCGGAUAAUUUUUUCGCAGGUGAUUCACACUCAGCGACAAACACACCUUAAUCAGUCAGGAUGUCUGCCUACGAAGAGAAUGAAUCCAAGUUGAUGCGAAAAGUGAAGCAGAAUCCAUUUGUUCCAGUGGGACUGGCUGGAUUCUUUGCCAUUGUUGGGUACAAACUCAUGAAAAUGAAAAGCCGGGGAGACACAAAGAUGUCAGUGCACCUGAUCCACAUGCGUGUCGCUGCCCAGGGCUUUGUGGUUGGAGCAAUGACUGUUGGGGUCUUGUAUUCAAUGUACAAAGAUUUCAUUGUGAAACCCAGAGAAGAGAAAACAGCGGCAGACAAGUGAACAUGGACUUUUACACUGUUAUUUUAUGUCCCUUAAUGUGAUCUCAUAUUAAGGAGUGUAGAGCUUUUAUGUUUAAAGAUGUGUCACAAUUUUUGUAUGCACGCAUCCCUUCAGUACCUCACCCCUACUGUAAAUAACUAUAACUUAUUGAUUACAUUUGCUGUCCUCUAAAUAGUAUGCUGAAGGUUCAAGCUAUUACUUCUGUACUGAGAAGAUGUAUUGAUCUCAGCGGUUUUGACGCUGGUUGUGUGUGUGUGGUUUUAAACCUGGCCGGUUUGAUAUCUUUGUGAACAGUUGAAAUUACUGAGUGCAGUUUUGUUGCCUCUUAUUCGAAUAAUGAGUGAGUGAAAUUUAAAAAACUAGAAAAUGUAGCAUAUAAUUUGAAAGCAGUAUGACAAGGAUAGAAUAACCACCGACAGGUAAUCUCAAUAUUUUUUCAUUGGUGAUUAUUUUAGUGUCUCAUACCAGCUAUAUUCCUUUUUGUAUUAAUUUAGGGAUGAUUUGCCAAAUUAAAAAUACUUGCACCUUGGCCCAGUUUUUUGAAAUGGGCAUUUUAGCCAUCUCAAGGAAGGCUUUGAAAACACUUAGCUUACAGACAAGGCCUGAGCUCUCACAUUAUUUAAACUAGAACACAAACGGUUUUUGACUCAUCACAUCAUCAUUCAAACAAAAAACAAACAAACAAACCAAAAAAAGAUAUGGAAAUUGGGAAAGGAAAGAAAAGGUAAAGCAUAUGUCUUAACCAAAACUAUAAAGGUCUCUCGUAGAAUUAAAAUCAUUCAUUCAUUAGGCUUUCUACACAUGAACUGCCAAGGCCACAUCUUAUUUUUCGGAUUUUUAUUGUUACGUUUUAAUACGCAGGGGUCCACUAUUUUAUUACGGCAGCUUGUCAAGCCCUCAUGAGACAGCUGACACCUACACCUACAGACCUGUAACAUAUCAUGAUAACCUACCUUGUGAUAUGCUCAAAUAGAUGCCUUAUUAAGCUAAGUUUUGAAUGUUGUGUGCAAAGUUAUUUUUGAAAGUUUUUUUUUUCUCCCUCUCUCUGGAAAUAAAAAUGACCAGCGUCGUAAUUCUUAAAAUUUGUGAUGUGGACAUUUUGAAACCUCCCAAAGUUGCACUGAAAAUGUGUUUUGAUUGUUUUGCCUUUUGUAGUCUUUUGUACCAUACAGUGUACCAUUAUAUACUUGAAAUGCAGCCACACCUACUGCAGCUAAAACAAAUGCAGUCUGGCACAGAGACACACUACAGACAUGAUACAAGGAACACCUAUCAAUAUAAUGCAAUACAAUUCAACAGCACCAUAAAGUACAGCCUCCACAGUGACCACAAACUGCUUAAACGAAACCUGAACAUUACAACAGUCAUUAAUUUACUGGAUAAGCUGCCAAAUGACUGUGCGAUUAUAACAAACGAUUUUGAUGUAUGUUAAACUUUCCUACUUUUACCUCCUGGUAAAUUGAAUAUUUUUACUGUUCACUUCAUUGUGCUUCAGCAGGUGUUCAAAACAUCCCAAACAAUGAAACCAUUGCAUUUCUUUGCUCUUCCACUCCCAUCAAAUAAAACUGCUCUGCCCUCCUUAA